CAGUUUUAGACCGUUCAUUAAUGGAUAGAGAAUGAAAUGGUUAUUUCUGAGUGUUGCUGAGGGUCGAAAAUAUUAAUAGUCGAGUGAAUAACGGUCAAUUACUUUCAUAAACUACUGAUUCAACUGCGAGCCGGCGAUCUCUUAGUGUCCGCGGAGAGUUUUCCCCCGACCCAAGAAAAAGAAGUAGCCUCACCCUUUAAGUCCCUAGUAUAUUCUCUCGGUUUCCUUUUUUCUCCUCCUCACAAUCUCCGGUUCUUGCAUCACAGAUUAUCGCAUCUCCCUGCGCGGAUUUGUCGAUUCAAAGGGCUGUCUGUUUAUUUUGAUUCAGCAAUGCUUCUUUAGAUCGAGAACGUGUCACCGCCAAACGAGUCUCCCCGUGUACAGUUUAGUUUGUCACACUUUCUUCCACCCUCAAGGACCAUUACAGGCGCCCUCCCCUCUUGGAAAGUUCUUCCCGGGAUCAUAGACAGAAAUGUCCUCCGGGAAUUCUUCAACGGAAACGCACACCAACGGCAGUUUUGCAACACUGAGCUCAAGUCCACCCUCCGCACUCGGCGGCAAAGGCCAAGCCAUCCCCCCGAAGGUUACCCUGGAAGAUGCCAGUGUUGAGCUCAAGACAAUGAAUUCAGAGCGUGGAGCUGUGAGGGGGUCAAUCCCUCUUGGUGAAGAUAUCAUGCAGAUUGCCCGGAUAGGGGAGGUUUCUGCUAUGCAAAGAUUAUUCGACGAGAGGAAGUUCAGCGCCAACCAUAAGGAUGAGGAAGGGAUCACCCCAUUACACUGGGCUGCGAUCAACAAUCAGUAUGCCAUGUGCAAGUUCCUGCUAGACUCCGGCGCCGACGUCAAUGCCAAAGGAGGCGAAUCUGUAGCUACACCAGCGAUGUGGGCGGCUCAACGGUGUCACUACUAUAUCGUCCACCUUCUGCUUCAACAGGGCGCUGACCCCCUCCUUACCGACGUCCAAGGCUACAAUAUUCUUCACCUGGCUACUAUAGAUGGAAAUGCCUUCUUACUGGUGCUACUUCUGCAUCAGGAAAUACCAGUGGACGUCGUCGACCAACAAGGGCAUACGGGCUUGAUGUGGGCCGCUUACAAAGGGUACCCUGCCUUGGUGGAUUUAUUCCUGCGAUGGGGCGCUAAUGCCAAUGCUGUCGACGACAGUGGGCUUACUCCCCUCCAUUGGGCUCUCGUGAAAGGGUCCUUGCCCUGUGUCCUAAAAUUGAUCGAGUAUGGCGCGGAUAAAUUUGCAAAGACCAGGGAUGGUAAAACGCCGGCAGUUGUGGCGGGGGAGAUGAAUACCACGCGCGUGUGGUAUCGUGCUUUGGAUGAAUAUGGUUAUGACUUCGAUGGGAACGCGAAGGUUUUCUCUUCUGGAUUAACUUCUUGGGCACGUAACAAGAACUUAAUGUCCAAGUUCUUUUUCCUCUGGCCUUUCGCCAUUGUUUUCGUCGCCGUGUGGAUACUGAGCAAUAUGGUGGUAUACGCUGCUAUUCCUAUGAUGCUUGUGACUGUCUUUGGGCUACAAUGGGUAGCGCAGAAGGCCGCCAGCCAAGGUCCUUCCGAAUAUCGGAUUCUGCAAAAAACGCCUUAUUUAUCUGGCGUUUUUGCGGGCACCCUAUUCUGGGUGGGCUUCAGAUACGUCUUUUACGUACUGCCCGUGACUUACUCUACAUCUCCGAUACUUAACGUGCUUUUUGCUAUAUUUUUCUUCCUGACAACUUAUUUUUACAUAUACUCGAUGGUUGAAGACCCUGGGUUCGUUCCAAAACUCGACAGUAGAAACCAACAAAGAGCAGUCAUUACGGAGCUCUUCGAACAGUGGAAGUUCGACGAAGAAAAUUUCUGUGUUAGCUGCAUGGUCCGACGGCCCUUGCGAAGCAAGCAUUGCAAACGCUGCGGGCGCUGCGUUGCGAAACAUGACCACCAUUGUCCCUGGAUUGAUAAUUGCGUCGGAGCCAAUAACCUACGCCAUUUUGUUCUAUAUAUUGCCUGCUUGGAGGUUGGUAUUGUCCUUUUCCUGCAGCUAACCUUUAAUUAUAUCAAUAGUUUGCCAGCACCCGUGCAGCCCCAGUGUAACAUCAUCAAUGAGACUCUCUGUGACUUUGUGCUCCGUGAUACGUUUACUCUUGUUCUCGAUCUAUGGGUAUGCAUUCAGCUGGUCUGGAUCACCAUGCUUGUUGCCGUCCAGAUGAUCCAAAUUUCUCGUAAUCAGACCACAUAUGAGAACAUGAGAGGGCACUCGGUUGACCGAAGCUAUCCUAGCUCGCGGGCUUUUGCCUCUGCAGUAACGGCUGGGACAACAUCCCUCAAUGCUGCCGGUCUAUCGUCUUCUGGUCAAGGUCCGAAUCCCGCACUUGCCCGGGGUGCUCCUCGCCAUCGAAAACAUGGUUGCUUGCAGCAAUGGUCGUCUCUUCUUGGCAUUGAUACGUUCUUUGCUACCGCGCGAGAUGGAUUGCGUGACGGCCCACGUGCUGUCCGGCCGAAGAACCCGUUCUCGCGGGGCAUUGUCACCAAUUGUCGAGAUUUCUGGUGUGACCCCGCUCCGUACUUUGGAAAACGAGAACCAGGCGCGGCUAUGCUUGGUGGCGAAGUGAUCAACUAUAACCGCAUGUAUGAGACUCCGUCCCGAAUGCACAGUGGUGGUGGGUAUCGGAGUCUGUCAGCUGAAGACCCGGAACAAGGUGUCUAAUUGUGGGUUUCUGUUGUUGGAUGGACAGAUCCUAGUAUGUGUUCCUGUGACCGGCUCUAGAAAGCACUGCAUUCUUCAAGCGCAAUUUUUAUGA